AUGAAUGAGACGGAGAAGCAAUUGAGAAGAACUCAAAUCGAAAUGAACCGAAAGUCGAGACAAAAUGCUUUUAAGAGUACCACAACUGCUGACAAAUUAACGCAAACUUUAAACUCGGACACAGAUAUCGAUUCAAUUGAGACCUUAGAUGAGGAGAAAAUAAUAGACUAUUUUCUGGACAUCGCUUAUGAUAGCAAUGAUAAAACAAAUAAUGUGAACAAAGUUAAAGUUUUGGAUUCAACUGGUGGUGAAACAUCAGAGUUGUCCCAAAAUCAAUUAGUGCCUAUACUACUGUUUAAUCCUAAGAGACCAGGCAUUGUUCAAAAGGAUAUGAUUGAGUAA